AGGGAAAAAAAAAUUAUGUAGUGGUGGGGUUGAGUCCGCAUACAGUAGAACCCUAGUUUCGAAAUUCCCAGAACGAUUCAAAACCUUCCUCCGUCUCUAUGGCCACCGGACUCCGUAAUGUCGCCGAAAGAGCUGGCGACGGCGCUGGACAACCAAUUUUGGACGUCGACAAUGGAGAGGAAUUGAUGCACGUGCAGUCAGGCGUAGCUAUUGUUCUCGGAAACCGCCCGCCUAAAUCUCCCGGCACUCUCUACAUCUCCAAUAGGCAAGUGGUGUGGUUGAGUGACACGGACAGAGCGAAAGGCUAUGCAGUGGAUUUCUAUUCCGUUUCGCUUCACGCGGUGUCCAGAGAUCCCGAGUCUUAUCCUUCUCCUUGUAUUUAUGCUCAGAUUGAGGCAUCUGGAAAUGAGGAAGAUGAAUUGGAAGAUUCAGAUUCUGAGAAUGAUGAUGCAUUGACCUUGUCGAAAGUAACCGAGAUAAGACUUGUGCCUUCAGAUCCCAAUCAAUUGGACACACUAUUUCACAUAUUUUGUGAAUGCGCUGAACUAAAUCCCGAUCCUCUAGAAGCAGAGGAAGACAGCGAUAAUGAUUGGGUUUUCAGCGGCGACGUAAUGGCAGCUAACGCCGAAGAUGAUGACAAUCCUGAAUGGGAUGUCCUUCAAAAUCGAACCCAUUCAAUUGGCGCCAAUGGGAAUCACGACCUAGUUCAUUCAGUUGUCCGGCUGCAAAUAAAUGAUCAGCGAUUCGAGGAUGCAGAGGAAAUGGAAAGGAACGAGACAAACGGUCGUCACUAAACUCUGUUAUCUUCUUCUCUUACCUUAAAUGUUUUCGUCGAUGCCGGGACACCUCUGUGUAGUAUAUAAGCGAUGGCUUCCUUGCUUGUGCUUAUGGUUAGCAGUAAAUGAUUCAUACAUAUAAUGUCUACAUCUUUGAAUUCUUUGGUAAAAAUUUGGUUUUAGUUUAAUGGUUUUAUAUUUAUACAUGA